AUGAAUACGCAGACAAUGACUAAUAAAACAUUAACUUCCAAAUAUUUGGAAUGGGAAGCUAAAUUAACAAAAUUGCCAAGCAUUUUGACAGAUAAAAUUUGUUCUAAGUUUUGUAAAAGAUAUAAGAAAAAAACUGAACUCGAUCCCUGGUUAAACUCUGAAACUUCCGAAUUCUCUCAAAUUGAAAAGACUGAUAAUCAUCUUUCACAGGAUCGUGUUAUCAAAAUUUCCAAGUUUCCAGAAGAGAAAGGUAUAAUCCAUGAAGCAGUACAUAAACAUUUCCCUUUCUUGUCUUACACUAAUUCGAAUGUAUGGCAUCGAGAUGUUUUUAAAUAUACUGAUUCAGAAGCUAAAUGUCCAAUAUGUAAAGAAGUACAUACACGAUAUUGUAUAUGGGGUGAUUGGAGCGAUCUAGGUAAAGAUGAUCACUAUUAUCUCAAUUGUUCAUUUCGUAUUGAUCAAAAGAAAAUUAUAAUCGUGAUACAGAGCUUACCGGAAAUUCAAGUAAGUAUAUCAAACAAAACCUGCCUUUAUCAGCCAGAAGCUAGCUUACGCCAAUAUGCCAUCGAGCAUAAAAUGGAUCCUGAGAAAUUUUCGGUUAUUACAGAGGCUGAGAAAAAAAAAUGGGAUGGAGAAUGUUUUCGUGAGGACUUGGAGAGGGAUAUACGGUUCUAUCGCGGUGGAAUAGAGAGGAAGGAAGAUUCUAGAAAAUAUCACAAAUUUUUAACAGAUCGGGAAAGACUAGUUGGUGAAGAAUUAUUACGUCGCAGUAUACUAAAAAGCGGAUUAAGUACUGCAUGGCUUGAUGAGCUUAUGAAAGAAUGGGAAAAAACUUAUAAUCAAUUCAUACAAAUUUUUAACUAG